AUUUCGACGAGGGCGAUAUCAGGUUCACUUGCGCCCCUGAAUCUUCACGAUGAAUCUAGAAUCGAGAUCGUGAUGGAACGAAGAAGCUUGAAGCGGGAGGUUCCGAACGGCAGGAACGACUCCGAACUCGUCGUAACUCCGUACACUACAACUGACUACAUCGUUAAUGCCACUCUGCGUCCUGCUCUCAUCCUCUGGACAGCCCGUGUCGUUCUCAGGUGCGAAGUGAACCGUUUCAGGAAAACAUCUAGCCCGACUGCCAGCAUACGAUUACUGCCACCUUCAAGCUUACCAUGGCAGUAUCGGAGGAGAGAGUACCGCCUAAAUCUGCGCACGUGUCAGAUCCAGCGCUUGCGCCGUUCCUCGCUUCACAAUUUGAUCCCGCUGAUUAUCUCAACGCCACACUUCCGGCGCUGUCGCUGGCUUCCAGGCCACUAAAAUCAGCCAAUGCGACCUCCUUGGCCGACCUCUCCUCACAGACCCAGGACCUACUCUCACAGCUCAAUGCACAUACGACGCGCUUGUCGGCGAUAUUGACACAAUUGACUGACGAUAUACUGCGGAGUGGAGGGCGGCUAGCCUACGAAGUCGAAGUGCUGCGCGGCGAGACGAUCGGGCUUACGGACACGCUUACACAUGACCUGAAAGAGGACAUUGAGAAAUUUCUGCCAGGUGGCGUUUCGGUGACGACGAAACAGUCAGACGAUGAGGCUGGGGCGACAGAAAUAACAGGAGAGGUAGGAGAGGUAGAACAGCACCAAGAAGCGGCGCCAAACAGCGCAGUGGAAACCACGCCAGACUACAUCUCUGAUCUCCGCACCCUGACGACAGUCCGGUCGCGCCUCGAAACCGUUAUCAAAGUUUUCGGCGAAGCCAUGCACUGGACGAUCCCGCCCAGCGAGCUGUCCCUCACAUCCUCCUUGAUUAGCGUCUCUGCGCCCGAGCCCGGAAGCGACAGUGCGUCUAGCGAGCAGAAAGGUAGAGAGUUCGCUGCUUCUCUACGCUCCGAGAUCGCUGACCUCAUCGUCGGCGACGAAGAAGAGCAAGGCAUGGCCAAAGCAGAGAUCAGAAUACAGGCAUUGAGGGACCUGGCGCAGGUGUGGAAGGGCACGGCGGAAGAGAAGGCUCGAACCAAAUUUGUUGAAGGUCUUGUCAAAUUGGCAGAAGAUAAGCAAAGGGAGGUCGAGAAGGAGAAGGAGAGGGGCAAAGAGAGAGGGCAGCAGAGGGCAGGCAGGAGUGGGAGUAUCGCAAAAUCACAGCAGGCACCUGCUCCACAACAGAAGAGUGGCGGAUUUUUGGAGAAUUUGCAAAGGAUACGUGGGUUUGUGGAGGAGGAGAUGCGGUCGUGAGAUUGCUCACGACAAUGGAUGUCACGUGAACUCGCGUCAUAAUCGCGUUCGCUAGCCUGAGAACCUAGUUUAGCCACUGUGAACUGCGAUGUCGCGGUUGAUGCUCGUAUGAGCAUCCGUUUGUCUGUCGUUUUAGCUGUUCAUCAAGUGACGUUCAUAUCACAAAACGUGGUGAGCUCCAGCGAGUACUAUGGGAAGUGUCCUCACCUUACCAUGCAGGCUCAAAAGUCAAUUUCAAUUACGAUUAUUCAACGUCGUACUGUAAUCUAUCAUACAAGAAAGAGGUUCUUUACCUAUUCAAAAUAUC